CCCACCGACCUGGAGGAUUCUCUCUUGUUGCAUAUGUUCCAAUUUCCUCCAAUUCCUACUAACAUCGCAUUUAUCUUUACUCAAGGUUGUUUUUCUCCACAGGAAGUCACCACUGUGGACUGGCGGAUAGGAGAAAGCAAGAACCCAGUGGCAUUGGAGUGAAGAUCUGACGAAAGUCUGCCCGUGGAUCGAAACAAGUUGCUUGCGUCUCAACUAUCAUCAACAGAAUCAAGAUUUGCGCUGUGGUUGCGCUCCAAGAAUAUUAAACACGCGCGACACACAGGGACAAAAGCAGCGAUGGAUGCUUUGAGGAAGCAAGCCAGUAAGCUCAGAGAACAAGUCGCCAAACAGCAGCAGGCUGUAAUAAAGCAGUUCGGUGGGAGCGGCUAUGAGAGUUCCCAAGUUAUGGUUAUUGAUGAGGUGGAGAUGCAGAUGCAUCACCAAUUGGAGAAAUUGUAUAGAUCUACUCGUUCUGGAAGGGAUUUUCAGAAAGAAAUUGUCAAAGCAGCUGAAGCAUUCACUGCUGUAGGAUAUAAACAUAUAGAAGCUGGAACCAAGUUGUCAGAAGAUUGUUCCAAAUAUGGGGUUGAGAAUGCUAGCGAUGAGAUUCUUGCCAAGGCUGCAUCCAUUUAUGGGGAUGCUCGUAAACACGUGGAGAAGGAGCAAGAUGACUUCAAUAGACUAUUGUUUACACAGGUCUUAGAACCCUUGAGAGCAAUGAUUACUGGUAGUCCUUUGGAAGAUGCUCGUCAUCUUGCGCAACGAUACAGUCGAAUGAGACAAGAAGCUGAGGCACAGGCAGCGGAAGUUUCUCGAAGACAAGCACGUGUGCGGGAAUCUCCUAUUCCUGAAAAUGUGGCAAAGCUGCACGCAGCAGAAACGAAGAUGCAAGAACUCAAAGCAAAUAUGGCAGUACUUGGUAAAGAAGCAGCAGCAGCAUUGGCUGCUGUAGAAUCACAGCAGCAGAGGCUUACAUUUCAGAGACUUGUUACAAUGGUUGAAGGUGAAAGGACUUAUCAUGAGAGGGUUGCUACAAUUCUUGGUAAUAUUGAAACUGAGAUGGUCUCAGAGAAACAAAGGAAAGAGGCCGCUCCUCCAGUGACUCCUCUUAAUCACACUUCAGAGAAAACCAAGUACUUUCUGGCUGAGGCAAUGCAUGCUUUUGAUGCUGCAUCCGAGAAGGAACUAAGCUUGGCCGUGGGUGAUUAUGUUGUCGUCCGGAAGGUGACUCCAUCUGGAUGGUCCGAGGGAGAAUGCCAAGGCAGAGCAGGAUGGUUCCCAACUGCAUAUGUCGAGAAACGCCAAAGAAUUCCGACAAACUAUACUGCGACUGAAGUUUAUUAAACCAUACCUCUAUCCAUCAGUCAAAAAGAUUAUCUUUCAUGUGUUUUGUGGGUUAUCCUCCGCGAGUGUAGACAAGUAAAAUGGUCUGUCUGUGUAACGUGGUAUAUGUGUUGUUGUUUGAGUUGCAUUUGUUAUUGACAAUGAUAACAUCAGUGUGUUUCGUGAUUAUGUUGAUUUGGGGAUGAAUGAUACGUUUUCACGA